AUGGCGCUGUUCAAAAAGUUGGGAUCAAACUACUGCGAGCCCUUCAAGUCAGUGGCCGAAUGGGUGAAGCCAGACACACACCUUCCGAUUGACCAUGGUCUCAACAACGCUCUCGAGGACGCCGGGUCUUGCGUCCGCACCCUGAUCAACGUCAUCAAUGAAGGGCAAGAUGUUGUCGACGCGGUAGCUUCAUAUGAUAAGGAUGUGUAUGAGCGCGGAAAGUCAGAGAUCUGCCUCUCAAACACCCAGAUGUAUGCGUGCCACCACUGGGACGUCUUGAUGGAGAGUAAACUUGUACGGGAUGGUUUCGCUAAAUGCUGA